GUCGUCACUCGUAAACAAAAUAUUCCAUGAGGAAAUUGUGCUAUUUUUUUCGACAUUUUUUUUUGCUGGAUCGCUCACGUGAGGGAGUCAAAUAUCACACUGACAGAAUCAUCUUUAACUUCACUUCAGUCUGCUUUAUUCGGUCUCUGGAAGAUAUGCGUCCCGUCUUGCCUUUGAUUCUAGUUUUUCUCGGUUUGGUGAAGGUGGAUCCCUUUACAUUCAGCCCAGAAUAUGAGGAUGAUGUUGAUUUCAACUUGUUCAUUUUUACGCAGUGGUGGCCACAGACACAAUGCUAUGAGGAUGUAAAGAAUAAGACUUGCGUGCCUUCAGGAAUUUCUAAAUGGACCAUCCAUGGCUUGUGGUACAAAUUAAUGUUUUAAAUCUUUGACAAACGUAAUUAGAAUAUUAUAGUUACAAUAGUAAAUGCGUACAAAAAUACAACAUCUCAAAAGCUUUUUUCUCGUCAUCUUUUCAAUUGUUAUCAUCAGAAGUAUUGUCAUGUGUCUGCAGAUCUGUCAAUGUUUUUUUUUCUUGACCAUCUUAUCAAUCAAUUGGAUGGGGACAAGAGAUGGAGAGGAUGCAGAAGGUGGGAGAGGAAAGGUCUGCAAGGACACACUUUCUGAGGAUAGGAAUUAGGGGAGAAAUGUGAAGAAGACAAUGAUGUAAAGGAAGGUGAUGGGUGUCAAAAGUGCAGGAGGGGGUACAGCAAGGUAUGGGAAUAAGGGUGUAGCCAGGAUUUUUCGCACAGCUUUUCACAAGAUAUAGCUCCUUCUGACUGGUGCAU